CAUGUCACAUUGUCAUACUUUGAUAAAUGUUGUUUCAAAGUUUUAUUUUUAUUUUAUAAAUCAACUAUAAUUUUUAUUAAGUUUUUAUUUAUGUAAAAUUUAUUAUUGUUUAUUUUAUUGUUGGACAAAACUUCCUGUGUCAUAAAAUAAUGUAUCUGAAAACGUGGAAAGAAUUUGAGAGCGCAUCUUAUAACUUGCUUUUAAGAGAUCCAACUAAAGUAAGAUGUACAAUGAAAUACUGCCACAAUGAAUCUACUGUUCAACUUAAAGUUACAGAUAAUAUUACGUGUUUACAAUUCAAAACAAGUGAUAUACAAUACAUGAAAAAAAUUGAAGUAUUCUACUCAACUAUUAUGCGACAAAUAACAUCAUCUGAAUUAUGAUAUUAGGAAAAUAAGCAAGUGAAAUAAUUUGGGAUUUUAUAAGUUGUAUAUAUAUAUAUAUAUAUAUAUAUAUAUAUAUAUAUA